AUGAAUUCUCAUUAUAUUUCCUUAGAUCUUGGCAAUAAAUUCUCUGUAGCAGCAGCACCUCGUGAAAAUGGUGUUGAUAUACUCCAAAGUGAAACAUUUGAACGCUUAAUUCCAUCCGUUUUAGGUUUUACGGAUAGAAGAUUACAUUUUGGACAAAUGGCCGCAGAUUAUCAAAAUCAAAAUCUCGAUGGAACAAUUACAAACACAAAAUCAUUAAUAGGCUUAAAAUGGGACUCCGAAAAUCGUAAAAAAUUUGAAAAAACAAUUACAUACAAACUUGUCCAAAUAGAAAAUGGAUUUACAGGUGUUGCAAUACCUUUUGAUGGGUCAACCAUCACAUUCAGACCGGCGCAAUUAGUUGCUUUCAUAAUAAAAUUACUUCUUCGAAACAAAGAUACGAGAAGGAUGAAACUUUUGUUUGUUACUGAACCAUUUUGGGGUGACAUUGAACGAAAAAUCAUUCUUGCGGGCGCAGAUAUUGCUGGAUUCAAAGUUCAGAGCAUGGUCAAUUCAACUACGGCUUCUGUGGUCAAGUUUUGCCAUGAACAUCCGAAAUUUAUACCUGAAGAUCCAAAGGAGUCUCAGACAAUCUGCUUCGUUGACUUCGGCGAUUCUUCAAUUACAAUUACAAUUGCGGAAAUUACAAAAGGAUCCAUUAAAAUCCUGAACCACGUAUUCGAAGAAAAUCUUGGCGGUCGCGACUUUACACUUCUGUUUACGGAUUACUUAAUUGAGAAAGCUGAAGAAAAAUAUCAUCUUAAUUUUAACGAAAUCGAUACAAGAUCGAUACAAAGAUUCAAGAGGGCUGCUGAAAAGAUCAAAUGCGCUCUUUCUGUCAACAAAUCAAUGAAGUUUGAAGUACCUUCAAUAGGAGAAAAAGAUAUUUCAAUAAUUGUACAGAGAACUGACUUCGAAACUGCAGUCUCUCCACUUCUAAAGACAUUAGAUGCCAUUGCACGUGAAGCAAAAAGGAAUAAUCCAAAUAUUUCCUUCAUUGAAUUUUAUGGCGGAGCUUCUCGGCCUCCUUGCGUCAAGGAAAUCUUCCAGAAAGUGUUUGAAUGCGAUGUUCGACAGUCCCUUAAUGCUGACGAGUGCAUCGUGGCCGGUGCAGCCCAUUUUUCUGUUUCAAAAGAUUUAAUUGUCACUGACAUCACAUGUUAUCCAACAUACAUCACUUACAAACUUCCUUCUGAUGCAAUGUUUAAUGACAUUCUCUUCAAAUCAGGUACGAAAUACGGAGAAAAGAAGUCAAUAGUCGUUUGUACAGUUGGAGAUGUGACAAUUUAUGGAAAUAAUGGCGAUAUAAUGAAGAUAUCAUUCGAACAGAAGGAAGUUACGAAGAUUAAGCUUGAUUUUGAGAUAAAUGAGUGUGGAAUUAUCGAAUUAGUCUCUACAACAUCACAAGUAUCAGGACAACCUAUUAAAUACAAUGUUAUGGUACAUGAUAAACUCAGUUCUGAUCAAAUUGACGCUUUCCGACUCCUGAUGACCGAAAUUGAACUUCGGAAUGAAGAAGGAGUCCUUUCAGAGCGUCUCAAAGGAGAACUGGAAGUUGCUCUGAUGAAUGUUGAGGGAGGAAAGGUCAAAGAAUGGUUCGAAGAGAACGAAGGGUACUUAAUGAGUUCUUUCCAGUACCAGGACGCUCUGAAUGAACUUUCUGGAAAGAAAUCAAAUGCAAAACAAGAAGAAUUCAGAACAAAAAUUGAUAAAAUAAUGGGAAAAAUCAGCAAAUUAGAUGACCAGAAGACUCGCGCUCUACUGUAUGAUAUAAUCAAGAAGACAGAAGCUCAUGCAAUAUUAUAA